AUGAGUGCUGCAGCGACGGACCAAGCUGACAUCCUCACUGUGCUUGUCCUGGUCAAGGAACGAUGGAAAGUGACAAAGAAGAUAGGCGGCGGUGGCUUUGGGGAGAUCUACGAGGCGUUGGACCUGCUGACCAGGGUCAGUGUUGCUCUGAAGGUGGAGUCAGCACAGCAGCCUAAACAGGUCCUCAAGAUGGAGGUGGCUGUCCUCAAGAAACUCCAGGGUAAAGAACACGUGUGUCGCUUUGUUGGAUGUGGCCGCAAUGACCGCUUCAACUAUGUGGUGAUGGAGCUUCAGGGGCGUAACCUGGCAGAGCUGAGGCGCAGUAUGACGCGGGGCACGUUUACAGUCAGCACCACCCUGAGACUGGGACGACAGACACUAGAAGCUAUAGAGAGCAUCCACUCUGUUGGCUUCCUGCACAGAGACAUCAAACCGUCCAACUUUGCCAUGGGCCGGUUCCCCAGUACCUGUAGGACCUGCUACAUGCUGGACUUUGGCCUGGCACGCCAGUUCACUAACUCCUGCCAAGAGGUCCGACCGCCUCGCCCAGUAGCAGGGUUCAGAGGCACAGUCCGCUAUGCGUCCGUCAACGCACACAAGAACAAGGAGAUGGGUCGGCAUGACGACCUGUGGUCCCUCUUCUACAUGCUGGUGGAGUUCAUGGUUGGACAGUUGCCAUGGAGAAAGAUCAAAGACAAGGAGCAUGUAGGGAAGCUGAAGGACAGCUAUGACCACAGGCUCAUGCUGAAACACUUGCCAGCUGAGUUCACUGUCUUCCUGGAUCACAUCUCUAACCUGGACUACUUCACCAAACCAGACUAUCAGCUGCUGUUGUCAGUGUUUGACAACAGUAUGAAGACCUACAACGUGGUGGAGAAUGACCCGUAUGACUGGGAGAGGACUGGGUCUGAUGGUACUCUGACCAUCAACGCCACAGCCACCACACCACAGCACCACACACGACUUACCCCAGCACACAUGGGCAUGGCCAAUGCAUCCCUGAUCCCUGGGGACCUGGCGAGGGAGAACACAGACGAUGUUCUGCAGGACGAGCAGCUUAGUGACAACGGGGAGAACAACCCUCCUCCAGACCGCCGCCCCGGAUCCCCCAGCAUGCCCCGGGCCAACCAGGAAGCUGACGUCUGGGAGGAGCUGGACCGUAACCGUAACCGCAUCAGGACCGCUGUGUGGAAGGCAGCAACAGAGGAGGAGCACAGCAACAACCAGGGGGGUCUCCAGAGCCCGUAUGCCAACCUCAGCCUGGGCUCCCCUGUCCGGGUACACUCUGAGAUGGUGGGGGUGUCAGGACAGGAUGGUGGUAGUCCUCUCCUCAGGAAGCUCCGUAACAUCCACAGCUUUGAGCUGGACAGGAGGCUGACCCUGGAGACCAAGCCCAGUCCUGAACGGUUCAUGGAGGCGUGCUCAGGGAAUCAGCAGGAGGGCUGUGGGCAGCAGCAGGAGAAGGGCCUGGCUGUACCCACUGGAGGUGCCACAGGACCAGGGCGUGGUGGCACUGACCGAGUCUGGCACAACGACGAGGAGUUCCUAUCCGGUGGCGGUGCCAGCGGCUCACCCAAACCCGUCUCCCCUCACUCCCACAGGUCUCUGGAACAGGGCGAGGGGGCCCCCAGCAGCGGAGGCUUCGUGGCCCUCAACCUGAGCUCCGGCCAGGGGAAGGUGGACUCCAGGGAGUGUGUGAUGAUGGAGAGGCCCAGCGGGUUCCCAGGGACAGGAAUGGGGGAUAGAACUACGACCAGCCCCUCCAAGGAGGAAGAAGAGGAGCUGGAGUUGCUGGAGGUACCCCUGGGGGCAGGAGAGGGGUCCACGGUGAACCCCAGCCCUGGUCAGGUCCAUGGGGACAGGGAUGGGGAUCUCCAGGGGCAACCAGGCGCCAGCGGACGACCCCCCAGGGUGGACAGGCUGGAGCUGAGUGUGGGACCUACGGGAAGCCUGCCCCCCGUCACCCCCUCUAGCCCUGCUGAUGCCCUGGCUGAGGGAGCACUCACACAGCUCCCUACCUCUCCUCCAUCUCUGCCUGAGGAGGUGUUGGCCAGGAUGUCCAGUCCCCUGCUCCUGCGUUCCCCAAGCCCGCACACCCAGACCCUCCUCACCACCCUGUCGGACCCCCUGCACCAGAGGGACCCCCCUGGGAUGGGUCGCAGCUACUCAGCCGACCACCACCACCAGUACCUCCUCCAUCCAACCUCCUCUUCCUCCUACCACGCCUCCCUACCGCCACCUACUCACCCCGGCCUCGGUUCCGCCCGUAACCAAUCACCCUCCGGGCGCAGGAAACUGCCCGCUAUCCCGGCAGGCGCCGCCAGCAGCAAGUUCCCUUCCGUUAUACGCAUCACACGCGCUCAACUCCAGCAGCUGACAGCUCAGCAGUCCCAGUCUGGCUCAGACUGUGCUCCACAGUGCCUACAACUGGAGAGACGAGGAGAUGCCACAGCUGAGGCCCAGCAGCCCCAGGAUAAUACUGCUACCACUGACAUCUACAUCCUGCCCACCCCUAGCCAGCCUGGCAGCCCCACCAGCCUGGAUGACCUCCUGGCAGAUACCCUGAUCAACGGAGGAGACACCCAGACCUACACCAAAGCCCACAGCCCUGUGCCAAGCCGAGCGUCCUCUCCUCGCUCCCCCCGUUCUCCUCGCUCCCCCCCUAACGGCCAGGGAGACGGCAGUGGCAGUGGAGCCUUCCCAGAGCUCAAAGACCCAGAGAGUGACCAACCCCAGCCUGACAGGGGAGAUGGGGUGGAGACCACUGACCAAACCCCAGCUCUGACCACCCCAUCUCCGCCACCCAGCCCCCGUAAGGACCCCUCCCGCAGGCUGAGCCGUAUCCCCGUCCUGCUGGACCUUCUCCCCACCCCUGGCUCUGCCAUGGAGAAGCUGCUCCAGAAGAAAGCCCCCCACCACCAGGGAGGAGGCCACCACCCAGCCCCUUCUCUCUCUAUCUCCCACCGCGGCCCCGCCGUGGCCUCGCUCCCCCACGGGGACCAGCUAUCCUCCGCCUCAGACCGCUCUGAGAAGGCCGAUGAGUCGUUCCUGGGCUCGCGCUCUGACUGCCAGGGGGAUGACGGCCCCUCCCUCUCCUCCUCUUCCAGCCCCCUGUUCCGUAAGAGCAAGAUCCCACGCCCUUUUAACCCUGCUAACCCGGCCCCAGAGCAGGAGAGUGCUGCACAGUACCUUCCACGCCCACCCCCGGGGAGACCACCCAGUCGGCUUGCAACGGAGGGCAGACUGAAGCGUUAUAGGAUCCGAGCGGGCAGCACAAGCGACUCAGACCUCCUGACCUGUCUGUCCCAGCUGAUGCACCAUGGUCAGGGUGGUGGUUCUGCCCGCGGUUCCCCCCACCACGGCCACUCCUCAGCCCAGCUUGUAGGCUCCCGGAUGGGCAUGUGUAGCCUGACCAGCUCCCCCCACCAACAUCACCACCGGAGCUCCAGUGCCUCCCCACGCAGCUGUUCCUCUCUACAGCGCUCUGUCUCCUCCUCCCCCUCUCGCCACGAACACCGCGGGGGAGAGCGAGGCAGAGGGGUUUGUUUUGGUCGCUCCUGUUCUCCUCCCAGCUUCUCUGGGUCCCCCCCUCCUCCCCGGCGCUCCUACCCCCACCAUCAGGAGAAAUGCUGCGGCCGCCAGGCCCGCACCGGUUCCCACCACCACCACGCCCUCAAGUGGAAAGCCUGCAGCCGCGAGGAGAGAGAGAGGAAGUGCUCCAGCAAGCUGAGCAGCAGAUAG